AUGAGCUGCUGCAAAGAUCCAGGAGUAUUUAGAGAAGGGGAAAAACACUCCACUAAAUAUUGCCAUCACAGCUGCAACCGCUUGCGCAUCACUGCAGAUGGCAGUCUGAGGGUGUGUUUGUUCGGGAACUCUGAGGUGUCCCUGAGAGAUGUGUUGCGCUCGGGUGCAUCACAUGAAGAGCUGCUGCAAAUCAUCGGAGCUGCUGUAGGCAGGAAGAAGAAACAACACGCAGGCAUGUUCAGUAUCUCCCAGAUGAAGAACAGGCCCAUGAUCCUCAUAGCAGGCACCACAUCCCAAAGGCCGCUGUCUCUGCCAAAGUCAGAAGACAGCCAGAGAGCUUCCCCCAGUGUUUGCCAGCUUAUGAACGACACAUUUCUCUGUCCAGUAGCAGCCCGUGGCAUGGGCCUUUCAGGCAGCAGGAGAGUCCUGAACAGAGACGGUCUUUUGUGCCUUCUAGACUGCACUGCUGGAACCUUAAUGAGUGUUAGGUCGCAUAUCAACACAGAAAAAACGACGGCGACAGACAACAUCUCCCGUGUAGCACCCCUUCACUCCUCUGAUUUUGGUGAUGGCCUCACUUUCACCGGUUUUCAUACUAGGACUACAAAUGUUAUAAGCUACACUAACAAAGACUGUCUCAGGUACGCACAAGCCAGGGGUCCCAAUGCUUUGAGGAGCCACUUACUCAGGACCCCAGGAGCACCUAAUUUUUGCACACUACUAAUGAAUGACAAACUACAUGUUAAACACCACAGUGUUCGACUGUGUCACAAUCAAAGUUCCAGCGAAGACCCCAGUGGCACACGCCAGCUGUUUGUGAGUGAUCAGGCCGAGUCAGAUAUCAAUGGUGAAGCCCAGCUAACGCACACAGAUGGCCAGGGUCGAGCCACAAUGGUGGACGUUGGAGGGAAAGUUCCCACACGUCGCACAGCCACAGCCUGCGCCACAGUCAUCUUGGGCCCCGCUGCCUUCCGGCUGCUUCGGGAUAACCAGCUGGCUAAGGGUGACGCCUUGGCAGUGGCGCAGUUGGCUGGUAUCAUGGCUUCCAAGCAGACCUCAGCCCUCAUCCCGCUCUGCCACCCGCUGCCCUUAGACCACGCCUCUGUCACCUUUGACCUCAAUGAGCUGCAGAACGCCGCGGUCAUCACGGCAACGUGCCGCACUACGGGCAGGACAGGAGUUGAGAUGGAAGCUUUGACAGCUGUCUCUGUCGCAGCGCUGACUGUCUAUGACAUGUGCAAGGCAGUGAGCCAUGACAUCAUCAUCACGGAUGUUAAACUGAUCAGUAAGACGGGCGGGAAGAGAGACUUUCAUCGCCAUCCUUGACCUCCUCCCACACCAAUGAAUCCAUCACUGGAAAAGUGUCAUAUAGAAGAGUGUCAUUUUUUUUUUUCAAUUUUUGCUUACAGUGUCACUUAUCCCACACAAUAUGAAUCAAGUUGUCGGUCUUAAAGGUCCAGUGUGUAGGAUUUAGUGGCAGUAGUGAAGUUGCCGAUUGCAACCAAAUGAAUUCUCUCCCACACCUUAUGCUCUUCUUCCAAGCAUGUAAGAAAAACUCUAAAUUCACAUGA